AUGAACUGCCUCAACUUCGGCUGGUUCUGCCCGCCGGCCUCCCGCGUCGCCCCCGCCGCCACCACCACCGCUGCCGCCGCUGCCGCCUCCUCUCCCUCCUCCUCCACCGACGCCCUCCACCACCUCGAGGAGCUGCAGGCUCCUCGCCCCAUCGUCGGCAGCGCGCUGCCCAGAUCCGUCUCCACGACUGCGCCGUCUUCGGUGGCAGGUUUGGGAGGCAUGGGAAACAUGAUGCAGGGUCUAGCAUUCAGCGAGUGUGAGGUUUCUCAAGUCGAGGCGCAUGAAUUGACCACUGGCCCCCUCUCCAUCCUUCCAACCGCCGUCCGCACACGAACCUAG